UCCAUGGCCAAGGAAAAUAAUGUGACGGUAUUGAUUAUCACUGGCCUUUUCCAGGAUCCAGAGGUGCAGAAGGUGUGCUUCGUGCUAUUUCUCCCUGUGUACCUGGCCACAGUGCUGGGCAACGGUCUCAUUGUUGUGACAGUCACCAUCAGUAAGAGCCUGCGUUCCCCCAUGUACUUCUUCCUCAGCUUCCUGUCCCUAGUGGAGAUUUGUUAUUCCUCUACUGUUGUCCCUAAGUUCCUCACUGACUUACUUUCCAAGAUUAAAACCAUCUCUCUGAGGGGCUGCCUGGCUCAGAUUUUCUUCUUCCACUUUUUUGGGGUCACUGAGAUUCUCCUGCUCACAGUGAUGGCCUAUGACCGCUACGUGGCGAUAUGCAAACCCCUUUAUUACACAACCAUCAUGAGUCGGCCUGUGUGUCACUACCUGGUGGCAGGUUCCUGGCUGGGGGGCUUCUUUCACUCAAUAAUUCAGAUUUUUAUCACCAUCCCCUUGCCUUUCUGUGGUCCUAAUGUGAUUGACCACUACUUCUGUGACCUGCAUCCCUUAUUCAAGCUGGCCUGCACUGACACUUUUGUGGUAGGGAUUAUUAUGUUUGUCAAUAGUGGGCUGUUCUCUGUAUUUUCCUUCCUUUUCUUGGUGUCCUCCUAUGUUGUCAUCCUGGUGAGUUUGAGGCACCAUUCUGCAGAGGGCAGGCGCAAGGCCCUCUCCACCUGCGCCUCUCACGUCAUGGUGGUCAUUUUAUUUUUUGGACCUGCCAUCUUCCUCUAUUUGCGGCCUGCCUCUACCUACACUGAAGACAAGCUCGUGGCUGUGUUCUACACGGUCAUCACCCCCAUGCUGAACCCCAUUAUCUACACUCUCAGAAAUGCAGAGGUGAAAAAUGCCAUGAGGAAGUUGUGGGGCAAGAAAGUGAACUCAGAGAUGGAAUGA